AUGUAUGUAUGUGUGUGUGUGUGUGUGUGCGUGUGUGUGUGUGUGUCCGUGUGUGUGUGUAUGUAUUUGUGUGUGUGGCGGAAUGCUUAUGUCACAUUGGGUGGAGGCGCAGAAGCAGGAGCAGCAGGGACCAGAACAGUAUCGAUCGUGGCUGUAUGUAGUGGUCUGGUUGUUGUACCUCUAACCUACGCUUACUUGAGUGAACCAUCCAUCCAUCAUUGUGCCUCCCGGCGACAACUACAAAUCACAACUGUAGCUGCUGGUCGAGCAUUCCAAGCACACUGA